UAUCGUGACAGUGAGAUGUCCCGUGUGCACGCCCUGUGGCCGGAGUAAGACGCUACUGAUGUGUGGGAGACAGCUGGCAGCUCCCAUAUCUGUCAGCUUGUGGGUGUGCGGCACUGCAGUGGAUGGUUGCAGGGCACCUACAGUAUAUAGCCUAGUUUUGGAUCUUUCUCAGUACCCAUAGCGUCUCCGCUAGAACGAGUGGGUAUUAGCUAGCCUCCUAACUGCUUCAAAGGGCGAUGCACCAUCCCCCUGCUAGCACGCUAAAGUGAGAUGAGUCACGAAUGAGUUCUGCAGGAUGUCUUUCAAGAAGGAAACUCCCCUAGCCAAUGCUGUGUUUUGGGCAGCGAGGAAGGGGAACUUGGCCUUGCUGCAGCUGCUGCUUAACAGUGGUCGGGUGGAUGCAGACUGCAAAGAUAGUUACGGCACCACGGCUGUGAUGGUGGCCUCUUACAGCGGCCACUUUGACUGUGCAAGAGAGCUGAUUAUGCAAGGAGCUGACAUUAACCUACAGAGAGAGUCAGGCUCCACCGCCCUGUUCUUCGCCGCCCAGCAGGGGCACAACGACAUCGUCAAGCUCCUCUUUGAGUUUGGGGCCUCCACCGACUCGCAGACGAAGGACGGCGGGACGGCGUUAUCAGCCGCCUCUCAGCACGGCCAUGCCAAGGUGGUGGAGACCCUGCUGAAGAACGGCGCAAACGUUCACGACCAACUCAGUGAUGGUGCAACUCCCCUUUUCCUCGCCGCCCAAGAAGGUCACGUGACCGUUAUACGGCACCUCCUGUCAUCGGGGGCCAAAGUCAACCACCCACGCGAGGAUGGCACCGCCCCGCUUUGGAUGGCAGCCCAGAUGGGACACAGUGAGGUCGUGAAGGUUCUGCUGCUGCGUGGAGCUGAGCGGGAUGCCCAUAGAAAAGACGGUUCAACUGCAUUGUUCAAGGCUGCUCACAAAGGGUAUAGCGACGUUAUCGAGGAGCUACUCAAGUUCUCUCCUUGUCUUGGCCUUCUGAAGAACGGUUCCACUGCUCUCCAUGCUGCGGUCAUGGGUGGGAAUAUCCGAUCAGUGGUGCUUCUGCUGGCUGCCAACGCAGAUCCCGUUUUAACAAACAAGAACAAUGAAUUGCCAAGAGACCUAACGCAAAACGACCGAAUCCUGAGACUUUUGCAGACACAGACGGCGAACGGAGAGAGUUGAUGAUGAUUCUCCAGCUCUCAACCAAUAGCUACAGAGGCAAAGUAAACGCACUGGGCUCCAGUCAAUGAGCAUCACAGACACGCACAGCCAACAAUCUCUCAUCUUUCCCCAAAACAUGGUGUUUGCUUUCAGCUGCGGCUUCAGAUUAACCUGUAUUAAUUAAUAGACAUAUAUGAACCGGACAGGAGGGCGGUUACUGCGCGUUAUACUAUACAUCGGUUUGUGGCAAAGGUAUAGUAUAAGUCUGCCUUGCAUCGUUUGUUCUGUUGAAAUGCAAUUCUUAAAACUGUUUUCUUAAAAUGUUUCUCCUGGUGCUGUACGUUUCUAAAUAUUUUGCUAAUUCUUAUUUCAGCAUUUGUAAUAAAUGUGACAAACUGUACAUUUGUGAAAUAAAAUAUACUGAAAAUUG